AUGCAAAAUCCAACCUCAUCGUCCGAUGCCAAAGGGGACGCCGACGAAAAGCAACACGCAAUAGUUCAAAAUGUUGACGCCAAAUCUCCGAGCGAUACAGAGGUAGCUGUGCACCAAGAUGCUCAAGCUGGUGUUCAGGGAGUCGAGGCUAUUGCCAUAGUUUGGUCGAAAACCUCUCUUAUCAUUAUCUACAUAUUGAUAUGGAUCGUUUAUUUUGUUGUAUUGAUGCAACAAGGCGCCGAAGCAGCCCUCAAUCCCUUUGUCACUUCGGCUUUUCAACAACAUUCUCUGACUCCUACAGUCGGUAUCUUGGCCAGCGUUAUCGGAGGGGUGUGCAACCUGACUGUGGCAAAGAUACUCGACAUCUUCGGGCGACCGCAAGGUUAUGCUAUGUCCCUUGUCAUUACGACCAUUGGCCUCAUUAUGAUGGCAGCGACGACGAAUGUAGAGAUGUACGCUGCAGCUCAGGUAUUCUGGACGGUUGGCAACAAUGCGCUACUCUACACAGUGAACAUCUUUGUUGCUGAUACGACAAGGUUGCACAACCGUGGCCUUAUGACAGCCUUGACCUCGUCACCUAAUAUUAUCACCACCUGGCUGGGUGGUCCAAUCUCAACUGCUUUCCUUGAUGGUCCUGGUUGGCGCUGGUGCUUUGGUGCAUUUUCUAUCAUUGUACCUGUUUUGUGUCUUCCUUUAUUUUGCAUGUUGAUGUUCAACUACUUCAAGGCAAAAAAGCAGGGCAUCGUCACCAGUAAAAGAACUAAAUCAAAGUCAUCUUUGCAACAGUUUCUCUAUUACUGCCGCGAGUUUGACGCUAUUGGCCUCCUUUUAUUAACAGCUGGCCUGGCUCUCUUCCUUUUGCCGUUCAAUUUAUAUGCCCUGCAGCCCUUGGGGUGGCGAUCGCCGCUAAUUAUCUGCUUGUUGGUUUUUGGGUUUCUUCUAACCGUCGCAUUCGCGUUAUGGGAGAGAUUCUUCGCGCCUGUUACUUUUAUCCCUUACUCGCUGCUCCUUGAUCGGAAUAUGAUUGGGGCGUGUAUGCUCGGCAUGGUUCUUUUUAUCAGCUUCUUUUGCUGGAACAGCUUUUUCAGCUCUUUCCUUCAAGUUGUCAACGACCUGAAUGUCACCGAAGCAAGCUAUGUUGUCCAAAUUUAUGGCCUCGGCAGCAGCCUAUUCUCAAUUGCCACAGGCGUGGUUAUUCGAUAUACGGGUCGGUUCAAAGCGAUUACUCUUUACGGCGCUAUACCUUUAUACACUCUCUUUAUGGGCCUUAUGAUUUAUUUCCGGCGACCAGACAUGAAUGUUGGUUAUAUCAUUAUGUGUCAAAUAUUCAUCUCCGUGGCCGCGGGAGUCGUUAUCAUCACAUCGCAGAUGGCCGCGAUGACUGCCGCAUCACACCAAUAUAUUGCAGUUGUCAUGGCCAUCUUAUCCAUGUUCUCUUCCAUAGGCGGCGCUAUUGGCCUUACCAUUGCCGGUGCUAUUUGGCAAGCUGUUUUCCCCAUCAAGCUUGCUGAGUACCUUCCGCCCGAUGAGCAGGCCAAUCUCAUAAAUAUAUACAGCAUGCUAGAAGUACAGUUGAGUUAUCCGGUCGGUACGCCCACUAGGAUUGCUAUCCAACGUGCUUACGGGGACGCACAAUUAAUGAUGCUGGUGGCUGGUACGGCGAUCUGGGCUGUUGGAUUUGUUGGAGUUGCUCUUUGGAGAAAUAAUAACAUCAAGAAUAUCCAGCAAGUGAUAGGCCAAGUAAUCUAA